UCUUGUGCGGAGCUAGUUGGCUAGCUACACAACAUACACAUCUUAUGCUCAUUUGUCGGCGUGUGUGGUGCAUUUCUGCCCCCUGACACCCGGACCGGGCUUUGCAAUCGUCAACAAAUCAGCAAAUUCCAGAAGUGACGAGGAGACUCCAUUUUCGUAUGCGACUGGUCGGGGUACCGGAAAGCUAGCUGGUUAUGCUGCUAGGCUAACUUUCCCUGCUAGGCGUACGGGAGCCAGAGCAAGCAAGCAGCUUGCGAUAAAUUGUCUGUCUGACGAUACUUUCGUUGACUACAAAAGACUCCCAGCAUGCUGAUGGUGGGAGGCAAUGGACGGAUGCACUAGAAUGAGUGUGAAGGAGCUGUGUGAGACCGAUGACCUGGCCACCGGUUUGGUGCUGGACCCUCUGCUGGGCUUCAGCACCCAUAAGAUGAACAUCAGCCCCCCACCAGAGAUCCGACGGUGGGGUAACCUGAAGGAGACCCUGUUACGGUUUCAGCGUACACACGACUUCAGCGCUACGUUUGAGGCGCUGACGGUUGGUGAACUGGCUGGUGACUACUUUAAUGCUUUGGGAAGUCACCGACAGGAGCUGCUGAGACAACAUGUGUAUCGCUACCUCAGUGCCUUCCUGUUGGAUAGCGGCGUCAAAAUAGAGUCCUGCGACAGAUACUCCUCAGAGACCAACGGAGCAAAGAUAACCUCAACGAGGCACUGGUUUGCAGGAGAGCGAGUGGAGGUCCUGCUGGGCUGCAUCGCAGAGCUGAGCCCCACCGACAGUGCGGUGCUGAGGGCAGGAGUCAAUGACUUCAGUGUGAUGUAUUCCACACGCAAACGCUGCGCUCAGCUCUGGCUUGGGCCUGCAGCUUUCAUUAACCAUGACUGUAAACCAAACUGCAAGUUUGUCCCUGGUGAGAAGAAUAUCGCUUGUGUUGAAGUGAUUCGACCCAUCUCACCUGGGGAGGAGAUCACGUGUUACUAUGGUGCCAGCUUUUUUGGCGAAGGCAAUGAAAUGUGUGAAUGCUGCACCUGCGAGAGGAAUGGAGAGGGUCACUUCAGACACAGAGGGAAGCAGCCUGAGAGCGAAGAAACAAAGGACCCCGUGGAACAGAAGUACCGUUUGAGAGAGCGAUAUCUUCGUCAUCACAGAGAGAAGGGUCACUUUCCUACAAGGCCUGUAACAACAGGAAUACACUCAGGUAUCUUUAAAGCCAUCCCCUCGAGGAAUUCGUUCACCCAGCAGAUGAGGAGAAAUGCCUUGAAGAACAGAAAACUGAGUCGAACAAAGAAUUGGAGACGAGAGAAGCACAGACGGUCAGCAAAGCACCCCCUGAAAUCCUCCACAUUCGAACAGCAUUGGACAGCUCCGCUUUUGUCCCAGGUUGCACUGAGGGACCUCAGUAUCAGAGUACGGCGCCACUCAGUGGAUUUUUUACUCAAUUGUAAGGAUCCAAAAAGCAAAGAAAGGGCUUUGCUGCAAGAACUGGAACAAGUGAAGCCAAAAGACAACAGGCUGAGUGAACUGAAUUCCACUGGUGAAGAAAAUAACAGCAGUGAGGUCAACUUGAAGCCUUUCACUCUAAAUUCCUCCAUGUCAGUUCAUCAGGAAAACAGACCUGCAGUAAAUAGCACUGGUCCGAAUGGGAAGUCUGUCAAAGUGGUGGACAAGCAGGCAGUCCACAGAAGGACCUCUUCAAGAACAAGGAGCAUGGCUCACACCAGGCUCGCGCAUCAGACGGGGUCCAGUAGCACAGCCGACACUACAACUGCCUGUCAGCCUGUUGAGAUUGACAAAAUCUGCAGUGCAUUAAAACAGGAGAAGAUUGAAAAAGCAAUCACAGAACGUCAAAGCAACAGGUGCAGCGGCGCCGAAUCCUGCGUCAGCGACACGGCUAAAAGUCCAGCUGCUGAGCAAACGGCGCACAAGACCAUCAGAACUCCUUCCCCAUUAGUUUGUCAGAGUGCCGCAGAUGGAUCGAAGAAAGCUGGGGACAAUGCACUGAUAUCACUGAAGCAAUACCUUACAGUCAACCUAACACGGUUAUCAGUGCCACAAAAUGUAGACGCAGAAAAGACGUCCGAAGACAGGAAAGCAAGAGUGGAUAUAAGAGGAAGGAGCAGGCAGAACCAGCGUCCUAGACCAGCGACGCUGACAGUGCAGUCAGAGAAAAGAGUGUCCAGAUCUCAGCAGAGGCAGGGAGGAGGAUCAGAGAUCUGCACAGCUGAAGGUAACAGAGGGGUGAGGGAAAUGUUUUUCAAGGCUAUUGAUAAAGUAAAUUUAAGGAAGCGACAUGCAAGUGAAACUGUGGGUGAAUUAUGCCACAGGGAGAAACAGGGGAAUGACAAGGUUAUUGAAAUACAAACUGUGUCAGAGGAAGAAAAAGGUUGUAUACAAAAGAAACAGCAGGAUAUUGUAAUAGGCAAAAUUGAAGGGACUCAAGAAGAGAGAAAUGCUGCAUCUGCGGUUAUAGAAUGUAGAAGUAACGGAGUCCCGGAAGGAGUUAAAGAGUCCGAAUGUAAAAUAGUGUCUAAUGAAAAAACUACAGGACAAAAUAACAUUCAGUGUUUUAAAAAUGAAGUAAAGGAUGCAUGUAAGGAAGAGGGAGCUGAUAAACUAUCGGAACAAAUGACUAGAAGUGUGAGUAAACAUCUAGUAAGUAGGCUUGGAGAAGAUAUUGUCAUAAAGCAGGCAAAGGUUCUGCUAUGUGAUAUUUUAAGACAUGAUAAAGGUAAGAUACUACAGGGAGAUAUUGUAGGAAGAGGGUUUUCUACCUCCUGCCUCUCGGCCUCUAAAGCAAUGCAGGUUGCUGAGGAGGAAGCAGAACAGCCUGAAAUAAAUGGAGGCAGGUACCAUCGUCCAGAGCAGAGGAGCAUUAUGCGAAGACGAAAGCUGAUGCCAAGAGCAGCGAAAACAAAAGCAGAGGAUAAGCAAAGCACCAAGGGACACUUAAACAAAGAUGCUCCAGCUACAGUGAGGACUGAGUUGAGUGAGGAGAGUUUGCAGCUUCAGUCAACACAGAGGCAUGAUGACCCACCGGCCGUCUGCCUCAGCCCACUACCUCAAAAGUCAGUAAUUUCAGCAAAAGCUACGAAUAAUGUGCAUCCAGACACCAAUACCCAGGCACACAUACAGUCCAACAUACCUCUGAAGAAACGUACAUUUCGCAGUUCUGUGGAAAUAGACCCUGAACACGGUUUGAGUUCUGCUUCAGAUCAAGCUUCAAAAGGAGCCGCUGAGGUAAAUUCGUCUGCAGAGCUGAGGCAGGACUUUGCCCCGUGUUCAGGGGAGAGUGGCAAAGUGAAAAGAGAAAGUAAAGGCAGAUGUAGAAGAACAGAACUCCAGAAGUUAACCCCCAAAAGGAUCACAAAACAGAACUCCUUUAGCAGAGUGCUUCGCUCAAGAGCUAAUGAAGUUCAGCGGGGCUGUUUAUCGAGGAAAGUUCGAAGGUGUAAACUAAAGAGGCAAGGUGAGGAUGACGUCGACAAAGCUCAGACACCAGACAGUGAUAAGCUUUCAGAGGACAAACAAGCCGAGGAUCCUGCUACGAUCCAAGAGGGUUGUGGUAAAAAAACAGGUAAAUUUCAAAAUAAAGCUGAUGUGGAAGCAUUAGCCCAAAAAAGUGAUUUAGAGGAGACGAAGCCUAGCCUUAAUUUUAAGAUUCGUUUCAAGAGGAGGAGAGGUAGAGUAUGGGAGAUGGAAAGUGCAGGAUUUGAAAAUAUGGCAUUAAAGACAGAAAAGGGAGACAAGUUGGUGACCUGCGAUCCUUUUAAAGCCAUCAUGGAUUCUGUGUCAGUUUUAAACAUGGAGAUGGAGGCGGCACAGGCUCAUGUGCAGGCCAGCAAGAAAUCAAAGAGCAGACUCCAUCGUUUGAAAAAGAGAGGCGAGAGGCUGUGUGGAAAGAAAACCUCAGUCGCAAAAUUAGACAAAGACCAAGACCUUAAAAAUGCUGAAAAUGCACAUGAAGCCAGUGAAUCUCUCGGUGACAAAGCAGACCUUAAAGAGGAGCUUCUGCUCGGGGUCAAGCAGCUGCCCGAAAAAAUGGAGCACGAGAGAAACGUAGUCCAAGAAACAAAAAUUGAAGAUCGUUUUGUAAAGAAUUGCUGCUUGUUUGAAACUGGGUCACAACAUAAACAGGAGCUACUAAUUAAACUACGCAGAAAGACGGAGGAUAUUUGGGAAGUGGACAGCAAAGAGGGGCACAAGCAGACUGAGAUUAAAGUAGAGCCCAAAGUUAAGAAGGAGAAGAAGGGUCACGUUUUAGGGAAAGAAAAGAAAGGCUGUCUUGAGUUUAGCAAGUUCAAGGAAGAGUUCCCAUCGUCUCAGAGACUGAACAGCGACUCGGCCCUUCUGAAAACAGAACCACCACCAUUUUCCCUGUCUCUGUCACCGCUGUCUCUGUCUUCCCCAGUUAAUGACAGUAAAACUGAAAUUAUAUCCUCGGCUGCAGAUAGAAUCACGGAAAGGCCAGAGAUGAACAGUGGAGGAAGGAAACAGAGGCACAAAAUGGAGAGAACACGCAAGUGUGGGCCUGUAGAAACACCCACCACUUGUCUUAGUCACACUCUCCAACAAAUUGACAACAGUCUCUCUAGGCUCUCCGAAGGCUUGUGUUCUUCUCAGACUUUGGAAAAGCCGACAACCAGUUCCAGUGCUUCUAAUUCUGUCAUCCAGCCCCCAUCCCAGUUUCCUCCCUUCACUGCUGCGGAUAACAUGCUUUCCGGCGAGCCCAGCUUCACGAACUGCUGCGAUGAUAUUCUGGACUUUCAGUGUCUUAACUUUGAGGGUUAUUAUCAGCCCCAGAACAUACUUCCAUCUUCUCCAUCAGAUCUGUGUUCACUGGAUCCACCCACAGAUCCUUUCAGCAGUCCCCUCUCUCACAGCCCGUCUGAUACAUGGACUACUGAGACACCGUACCUUGGCCCCCCCAGUCCAGGAAAUAACUUCACCAGUGAGGAUCUGCAGUUUUUUCCAGGUCUGAUUUCUUCCAAAAGUGACUCCGUUUCUCUGGAAUGUGAAGCGAAGGAUACCUCUAGAGACAGAAACCCAUCCAACCCCAGUUUCAGUUUUUCAGCUCUCCAUAACACUGACUUUACUGCUAAGGAUCGAAGUAUCAGUAAAAAUCCAGGAAUGAGGCUGUCCAAAGAAGACCUCAGAACUCAGUCUUUGUCUAUGGUCGGCAAGCCCAGGGUAUUUGGUUCAACAUCAUCCUCUGUUACAUUUCAGAAUCCUGUUACUCUAACCCAACCCUCCAUCAACAUCAAGCCGAGCACCAGCCACCUGAAAGCCCAGACUAACCUUAAAACCCAGGGCCCCUUCCAUCGUAUGACCAUUCCCAGUAAAUCUCAGCAUUUUUCAAGUAGUAGUCAGCCAAACGCAGUCCGAGGAGUGUCCCAGAGUUGCUUGACUAAGUCCGUCCCGUCAUCUCAAAUGCCUAACAAAUUCCUCUCUCCUCAGCUCUUCACUGUGAAAAAUCCCAAUCCUCCAGACAAUCCAUUCAACUUCCAUGAGAAAACCUCUACAGUUAUUCACCGGGUGCUUAAGUUUCAGGGGGGGGACCAGAGUCAGAACUUGUAUAGUGCACCUUGUAGAGACAUCACGGCUGCUGGCAGCCCAACCGUCGCGUCCAGAACACUCGGUACAAAAUCAGGUGCUACUGAGAAAACUCUGCAGAGUCAGAAACUUGGUAUUAGUAUAGACAGUCAUCAUAAAGGCAACAUGUCGGUUCAAGGGUUUGGAAAAGAUGUCAGCCACCUUGGUUUGUCCAGCAACCUCAACAGGUCCAGCCCUCAUUUCAAUAGAAUCAACUCCUCUUUCCCUCAGUCUUUUAGUAAAAGCAAGAUGUCAUCUGAUAAACAUGGAAGUGGAGAAACCAACAUGGCGUGCAAAAACUUUUCUGCGCUGCCGAGACCCUUCUUCUUUCCGAGCAAAGUGGCUGAGAGUUAUUCAUCACCACAAGACAAGAGUUUUAAACACGAUAAAUCCACUCCGUCGACCUCAGACAAACACCAGCCGUGCUACACUCAGCAAGACCCUUUUGAUUUCAGCUUUGGCUCGUCUCUUUCGCCUAUGUCUCAGCACAACAGCCCCCAAGUCCAGGUCCACAGUACACCCCCUGGUACGCCAGCACCAGCAAACAAGAGCCAGUCCUCAACCUCCUCAGCCUCUUUCCCCUAUGGCUGUCAAGGUCCUCCUUACGUACUAAAUUUCACUGGAGAUCAUUCAUUGACCUUGGGUCUCAGGGAUGGGGUUGAUGGUUACCCAGGACUCGGCUCGGCAAACUACACCUACCAUUGCCUGAUGGAACCUUCAGGCACACAGGGGCGACUGGUUCUCGAGCCCUGCGGUCCCCAGCUUUCAAACCCACCGUCUUUUUCCUUGGGUGGAUUUUCAGGGCUCAAAGGUCAGGACGAACAUUAUAGGAAGGACAUGCAGCAACAGUGCCAGCCCGGGGAGCACCAAGGUGCGCCACACUACGGACCUGUCACCACAUCUCACUCCAUGGGUGCCACAAAACCCAAGAGGGUGAGGUUAGUGGUGACGGACGGCACAGUAGACUUAGAUCUCCAGUACUCGGAUUGAAUUAUACCCGCCGGAGUCACUGCAUACAUUUGGACGUUGUUUUGCUCAAAGGGGAUUAUACAGUAAUCUGCCACAAAAUGUUUUUGUAAACACAGUAAUUCAUAGUCUGCCGGUUAUUAAAGCCCACUGACUGAUUGACGUUUUUUCUAAAUCAUUAUUUUAACAGACUGUUAAUACAUGAAUGUACAGGGUUUUAUGUAAAGCGGGCGUGUCGGUGUGUUUUAGCUACUAGAGUUUUUAAAACUGAAAUAGCCACAACAGAUUUACUGAAAACACCAAAUUUAAGAAAACAAAGCAUUAAAUAUAUUUGUGACUCGGAGUUCGAACCUAUAGGCCCUGUAAACAUUGAAAGCCCUCUUGCUGUACUGUAACAUAGCUUUAUGAAUUUUUCUACACCAUGUAUGGCAGUAGAGACAGGAGCACCAUCAUUGGUUGCUUGGUACUUGUAUUGGUGGGUUUUAAAAAGGCAGCUUUGUGCCUCAGUCUUUGAUAUGUUCUUGUGACUUUUUGAAGCACCUGUUGAAACGGUCUACCCUCGUUUUUAUACUCACAGUAAGCUCUUUUCUCACUUUGUGUGUGUGUGUGUGUGUGUGUUGUGUGUGUGUGUGUGUGUGUGUGUGUGUGUGUGUGUUGUGAGUGUGUGUGCGUGCGUGCGUGAGAGUGUGAGUGCAUGCGUUUGGCAGGCAGGUCUUGAGGGAUCAAAGUAAGGCGUGUUGUCGUACCUGGUGGUGUAACUGAUUUAAGUAAGAUCAUUAGUCGUUAGUGCGUAUACGAAAGGCUCGUGCAUGAACAGUGUACAGUAAAAAUGGUUUCCAGACUUGAAACAAUAUAUAUAUAAUAGGAUAAUUCUUCUGGGUGAAGACGUGUGACGUGAAUUGCAGCUUUUCACAGCUGCUCUGUCGAGUACACGUGGAUACGCGAGUGGGAGAAACUGCAAUAUGUUUCUUUUUUUUUCCUUUUUUUUUUUCGGGCCAGUUGUGCUUAAUGGAUUGAGGGAUAGUACAAAAUGAGAUCUUUGUAAUGGGAGUUCUCCCAGUUGGGAAGUUAAAGAGAAACGUUUAAAUCAUGUUGCAUCACAAAAAGUGACAAUCUUCUCACAGAGUAACUCACUUUCGCCAUUUAUUUGGUUUUUGUUUUUUUCCCCACAGAAAGAACAGAAGGAUUAGUUGUGCGUCACCUGCAGUAGUUCGUGAUGAUGGAGCUACACAUUCAUAGGUGUUUAUAUUGUAACCAGAGGUAUUUGCUGUUGAUUGUGGAAGUCACGUGAGCAUUCCCCUCAUGUUGUGAUGUUCUGUACGCUGAACCCAUUUGACAGCGGUGGGCAGGAGUGUUCAGUGUGACUGCACAGCCUUACAUUACUACCAUGAAAAUGUACUGUCUUGAUAUGGAAAGGCCAAUUAUUUAUUUUAAUAUCCUCAUUCUUGAAAUGGUGCUUUAAUGUAAUUUAUAUUUCACAUUGAUUGUUCAAACUAUUUUUUUUAUUAUUAUUUAAUGGGACAGAAAAACUGAACUGAAUAUUUACAUUGAGUAUUUAAUUUCAAAGCCUUUGACAUUUUAUCCAGUUUUUUUUUCCCCAGUUGUUACAGGUAAAAUUUUCUGUCUUUUUUUCUAAUUGGCAGUUAGUCUUACUGAAAGUCUGCUGUAGAAAUGUACAAAUGUAGCCUAUAUCAU